AUGUCCAGCUGCGAAAACUAUGGCCUACCAAAUGGCACUUCUUGUGCCUGUCCGCCAGGCUUUGGUGGGUCCAACUGCUCUCAGCCCGCGUGCGGUGGGGACAUCUUCCAAGGUUCCGCGCGGCCACUGGCAAGUGGAACGCCUUUCGCGAACCUCACGUCGUGUGCGUGCAUGGACGGUUGGACAGGCACUGGCUGCAAUGUCUGCCAAACUACCGCGGCCUGCCAGGCGGGAUUCUCCAGCGUUGUGGGGAGUGCGGGCGCGUUAUCGGGAGUGCAGAGCGGGCAGAAUGGUACCAUCGUUUGUAGCCUCGCGGCUAGGGUGUAUGCGGCAGGAGAGAUGAGUUGCGGGGUCCUGAAUCCGACAAUCCAGUCUCUCUUCCCCGGGUCGUCGACAUUGACAAUCCUACGCACUCUCAACGCCCCCCUCACUCCCCUCCCAAACACUACCGCCUUUGGCUCCAGCGGGUCGGUGUAUGCACAGCUAUUCUACCAAGGUGUUGAGCAGUUCUAUUGCACUGCCGACUCGUGCGCGCAAGACCUCGGCUCUGGCGACGGAAGCUCGGACUGGAACUGUCAAAACCUCCAGUGUACCUGCCGCGCGGGGACGUCGUUUUGCGGCGCGACGUCAGUAUCAGACCUCACCGGUAUCAUCAACACGUUGAAUGGACACCUUGGCAUCUCAUGCGACGCACCUUCCCCAUCCAACAAUACCGCUUCGUGCGCCUUCCAGCAGGACACCAUCCAGCAGGUGUUCGGUUCUGCAGGGCUUGCUCUCAGCGGAUGCACCUUCGGCGAAUGUGUUGCCCAGAACGUCAUCGACACCGUCUCCGGCAACUCGACGGACAGCAGUAACGCGCCCAGUAGUGGGUCGUCCCUCAGCCCUGGGGUCAUUGCAGGCCUCGCUGUGGUGGGCGGCCUCGUUGGCAUAUCACUCUUCCUCCUCUGUCUCGGUUGGUUGUCGCAGCGCCGGGCGCGAAAACGGGGCAGCAUGAAGCUCGCGCCCUCUGGCGGUGUCUCGGUCGCAUGGGCGGACAUCAGCUACUUCGUCGCACAACCUACCUCAAGUCUACCCAUCCGGAGCCGACGCUCGCGCACGGACGACCGGAAAGUGGUACUCGACAAUGUCAGCGGACGCGUCGUCCCCGGAGAAAUGAUGGCCAUCCUCGGGCCCAGCGGGCAGGCAAGACAACGCUCAUCGAUAUCCUCGCGCGCAGGCAGAAGCGACCGUCCCCUCCGCGUCGGCUUCGUUCCCCAACAGGACGUUCUCCCUCCCAUGCUCACCGUCCAAGAAGCGCUGCUCUUCGCCGCCCGCCUCCGCCUGCCCGAGGGGAUCCCCGACUCCGAGAAGGCUGCGCGAGUGGACGACAUCAUGGAGCGCCUCGGUAUCGCCCACCUCCGCGACGUGCGCAUUGGGAGCGGUGAGCGGCGCGGGAUCAGUGGAGGCGAAAUGCGGCGGGUCAGCAUCGGGCUCGAGCUCGUCGCGCAGCCGGACGUGCUGCUGCUCGACGAGCCCACGUCGGGCCUGGACUCAGUCUCCGCGGCGAAGGUCGCGAAGGCGCUGCACGCGCUCGCCCACUACCCGGACGCGCCCACGGCGGUGCUCGCGUCCAUUCACCAGCCCAGCUCUCAAUUGUAUCAUACCUUCGAUAAGGUGCUGCUCCUUGCCCACGGACGAGCGCUGUACUCAGGGCCUGGGGGGUUCGCGCCGGCCGAACAUUUCGCUGGGCAAGGCAUUGCAUACAAGGAGGGAUACAAUGUUGCCGACUACCUCCUCGACAUCGCGUCGGAUCCGCCGGUUAGCCUCUUCCCUCUUUCCAUGAUGCGCCGGGCGGUCUACCUCCGACGCGAGAAGGGUGUCGGGGAUGGCAUGGCGAUCUCAACGCUUUCUGGAAGAGAGUGGAAGAUCCUGAAGAGGGACAAGACGCUGUUCCUCGCGCAUAUAGCUGUAGCCUGCGUGCUUGGCGUGUUCUGCGGUAAGUGGUGGCCUGUACUUCACACGGACAUGACCAUCGCCGGGUUCCAGUCGAGAGUGGGCUGUUUGUUCUUCUUGGGUGCUCUCAUUGCUUUCUCGUCGCUCAGCGCCUUGUACAACGUCGUUGAAACCCGGACCCUCUUCCUGCGAGAACGUUCGGCGUCUUACUACAGUCCGGCGGCGUGGUUGUUGUCCCGCUUCCUCUUUGAUGUGCUACCGCUGCGCAUUGUUCCGACCAUCAUCGUCUCAACAAUUACAUACUGGAUGGCGGGGCUCGCAGCAGACGCAGCUCACUUCUUCAAGUUCCUCUUUAUCUUGGUUCUGUAUACCCUUGUCAUGACUCUCUUUGUGCAUGACGUAUGCGGGUUCUUCGUGCACCUCAACGACAUCCCUCCGGUCCUCCGCUGGCUCCAAUGGCUCUGUCCUCUGAAGUACACGCUUGAGGCGCUGUCCGUGAACGAAGUCGGCUCCGGGCUCCAAAUCGAAGACACACUCGCCGGCGUUCCCGUCAACAUUUCGGCGGCGCUCAUCAUGCAGACGCUGACGUCCGACGCUCUUCCAGCUUUCGGAUUUGGACAGAACAAUUACUAUCGGACGUGUUGGUCUUGUUCGCGUUCAUCUCGGGCUUCGUGUGGGAGUGGUGUUCGUCGUGUGGCUAAGGUCCGAGAGCGGCGGUGA